GCAGAUUUGUCGGWGUGGCYCCCUGAUGUCGGAAAUAUAACKCRCUGCUUUUUGACUGAGGUCCCUUCUAUGAAAGGGUCUUUCAGAUCGGGGUCUCGUCUUGGUAAAAAUGCCACAUACCCUCAGGCUGAGUUAGUACUGAAGUAAACCCAGCUUUAAUGUUACAGACUCUCUAAAAUCUGAAGGCACACAUGCACUUUUGAGUUUCCUUAUCUUUGUUGGCUGAGAUGAGGGUUACAGUAGUUUAUGGGCUGUUUCAGCAGCUUUCUGUGGUGUGUCACGCCUCGUAAAUUGAAAAACAAACUUCGAAUCAAAUUAAGGCUUCAACCUUUAUUCAGAUCAUUAAAUCUUUAUGCAAGUGAGGAAAAAAAGAGAGCUUAUUGAAUGAUUAUUUAUUUUUAAAUCAGGGAGGCUAUGAAUGUAAAUGUAAAUGUAAGUACGGACCUAUGAUUUAUUUUUUUCCCUGAGAUACAAAUACAAUGUGAAAAGGCCCAUUUCUCUUAGCCAUUUUUUAAAAUGGGAAAGACAAGAGAACAGGUGUUAAUCUUAAUGGCAGGAAAUUGCUAUAAGAAAACAGCAACUCAACUCACCGGAUCCACACAUACAGAUAGAGCAAGAAAUAAGACGACUUAAAAGAACUGCAGCUGGUGGAGCAAAGUAAGUGACAUUUUAAACAAGACAGAGAUGACUUAUUUCGCCAUUUGGUUGUAAUCUGUAUUUUUAGACGAUUAUUAGAUGCUCUUUCUUGUUUUGUUUUUUUUUCUUAGAUUUUUCAUACAUUUUAUUUUUCAGGAUUGAGUUUGAUACCUAUCAACAGAUUUCAUAUGCACUGAUUACAACUACAGAGCURUGUCUGAGCUUUAUGCUGAAAGGUUUUCAGGCUGGUUCCUGCUGAGCAACAAGUUGGCGACAACCUGAUUCUCCUUUUGAAUAUAGAAAAUCAGUUAUUUGAUGAUUUUAGAAUCUUUCUAUAUCUAUUUCUGCAUUAUAUAAGGGCUUUGUCUUGAGUUACAAACCCAUGAAACAGCUGAAGAGAUUCCUUGGCGAACCAGUUUUUUGKKKUUUUYUUAAACCUCAGUCUCUCUUCAUCUUUUCUUUAAAUAACGGGCCAAAAUCUUACUUGAAAUGUAAUAAGUAAAAUUGAAAGAAUCAGUAAAGUCUUAGUGAAAAACGACCAGUGUCUGCUUUUGGACCUUGUAAUUCACACGCCUAGAGCCGUAUUUCCUGAUUUACCGGUUAGAGCCUCUGAUUUAUAUGACCUCCUCCUAAGAUCCACGCAGACAAAGCACAUUGGUGGCUGCUCUGAUGUUUACCCCGCCCAUAGCUGGUCUUCUUCCUGCUCCUGGUUGUGCUUUAACAAGCACACUUAUGAGAGCGUACAAUCAAGAAAAAGUUAACUGAAUACAGUCUGAACUACAGACCCAGAAAGAAGGCGGUCGCUCUCGGCCUCCGUCCUCCAUGUCCGCACCUCCAGGCUAHACUCGACUGGRGCAGAAUGAGCCUAUGAACCCUUUGCGUAUCUCUGUAGGAGGCCUCCCCAUGCUGGCUUCCAUGGCCAGUCCCACCGACCCUCGGUUCCGGCUCAAGUGGAGGCCCAUCGUGGCCGUGGCCGUAUYSCUGGCCUUCGUUCUGCUUCUCCUCAUGCACUUCGGUUCAGGCCGCUCGUACGGCUCGCAGGGCUGGAGACCCUGCCCCGGCAGCGCAGUCAGGGACACCGAUUCGCAGUACAACGACACCUACCCUCUGACUGCCCCUGAGCGCACAUCGGAGGGAAUGCGCUACCGCAUCGGGGUCAUCGCGGACCUGGACACGAACUCUGCCAGCGAGAAGAAGCUGACGUGGUUCAGCUACAUGCGGAGGGGGUACCUGCUGGUGUCGCAGAGUGGAGACAAGGUGGCRGUUGAAUGGGACGCUGACAAAGUGGUGCUGGAGAGUCACCUGUCAGAGAAGGGCAGGGGCAUGGAGCUGUCUGAUUUGGUCGUGUUCAAUGGAAAACUCUACUCCGUCGAYGACAGAACGGGUAUCAUCUACCACAUAGACGGAGACAAGGCUGUGCCCUGGGUUAUCCUGACUGAUGGAGAUGGGAAUGUUGCGAAAGGGUUUAAAGCUGAGUGGCUGGCAGUAAAGGAUGAACACCUGUACAUUGGUGGCCUGGGGAAAGAGUGGACGACCACUGAGGGCGAGUUUGUCAACAACAACCCAGAGUGGGUGAAAGUGGUGGGUUUCCGGGGUGACGUGCAGCACGAAAACUGGGUUCCCAKGUACAAAUCUAUGAAAGCAGCUGCGGGGAUUGAGCCGCCAGGAUAUUUUAUUCACGAGUCGGCCGCCUGGAGCGACACCCUUCAGCGAUGGUUUUUCCUCCCACGUCGCGCCAGCAAGGAGCGCUACGAGGAGACGGCGGAYGAGCGCCGCGGGACCAACCUCGUCCUGAGCUGCUCGCCAGAUUUCAGAGACAUCAAAGUGAGCCGGGUGGGGCCACAUAACCCCACGCACGGUUUCUCUUCGUUCAAGUUCAUCCCCAACACAGAUGACCAAAUAAUUCUGGCGCUCAAGUCAGAGGAAGACGCGGGAAAGAUCGCGACCUACAUCACRGCYUUCACUCUUGACGGACGCGUUCUCUUACCUGAGACUGAGAUUGGCGAUGUGAAAUACGAAGGUUUAGAGUUUAUAUAGAAGGCUUAAACUUGGAGACUCUUAGUCUUGAAGCCACUGCACUGUGGUUGAAGAUUGUUUACAAUCCAGACACUGUUGAACUUGCCACACUUGCUGCUUCCUGGAAAUUCAUCACUAAAGCCCUUAAAGGGUCGUCUUCAUUGCAGACAAGAGACUUUAAGACUUGGUCUGCAAAAAAAAUGUUUGUCUUGUGAGUUUGGGAAUUGUGUAAGACCAUUUGAGCAUUGUCAGCUUGUUUUCUGGAAGAUGGAAUGUGGCUUUUGACAGUACUGUAGCCUUUCUUGUAAUGAAUGUAUACAUAAAAGUGAUUUAUGAA